CCCAACACAAACACACCAGAGAGAGAACUGCAGCUAGCUUAGAAGACACAUAUUGCUGAGGAUGAGGCAGCAGGCGAGCAGGUUCAAGCGGAUGUGCGUCUUCUGCGGCAGCAGCCAGGGCAACAAGACCAGCUACCGCGACGCCGCCAUCGACCUCGCCAAGGAACUGGUGGCCGGAGGUAUAGACCUGGUGUACGGCGGCGGUAGCAUCGGGCUCAUGGGGCUCGUCUCCCAGGCCGUCUACCACGGCGGCAGGCACGUCCUCGGGGUCAUUCCCAAGACUCUCAUGACCCCCGAGAUAAUCGGAGAGAUGGUAGGAGAGGUGAGGCCGGUUGCGGACAUGCACCAGAGGAAGGCCGAGAUGGCCAGGCACUCAGACGCCUUCAUUGCCCUGCCUGGAGGAUACGGCACACUGGAAGAGCUGCUCGAGGUGAUCACUUGGACUCAACUAGGCAUCCACCAUAAGCCGGUCGGGCUUCUGAACGUGGACGGCUACUACAACUCCCUGCUCACCUUCAUCGACCAGGCUGUCGAGGAAGGCUUCAUCAACCCUGCCGCCCGCCGCAUCAUCGUCUCCGCUCCCACCGCGCAGGAGCUCAUGGAGAAACUAGAGGAGUACGUGCCUUACUAUGACAUGGUCGCGUCUGGCCUGGACUGGGAGGCGGAUCGCCUAGAGUUCUGA